GAAUGUAGGCAUAAUUGUUAAGCAAAACUAAUAAACAUCAACAAUAAAUCGCAAUUCCCCAGCAGCAAUGGCUACUCCAAGUGUAGAGUAUUUGCCUCCUCCAUUGGAUGCUACUGCAGAGCAACCCGCUAUCUUUGAUGGAACAAUCAGGUUGUAUCUGGCUUAUUCUUGCCCUUACGCACAGCGCGUGUGGAUCGCCAGGAAUUGUAAGGGUUUGCAAGACAAGAUUAAGUUGGUUCCUUUGAACCUUCAAAAUAGACCUGCUUGGUACAAGGAAAAAGUUUACCCUGAAAACAAGGUGCCGUCCUUGGAACAUAAUGGCAAAGUCAUUGGGGAGAGUCUUGAUUUGAUUAAAUAUGUUGAUAGCAACUUCGAAGGGCCGUCUCUUCUACCUGAUGAUGCUGACAAAAAGGAGUACUUUGAGACGUUGUUAUCACACAUGGACGAAUUUCUAGGGAUGGUGUAUGCUACAUUUAAAGGAGACUCAACAAAGGAUGCUGAUGCUGCUUUUGAUCUCUUGGAAACUGCUCUUGCAAAAUAUGAUGGUUCAUUCCUCCUAGGCAACGAGUUUACUCUGGCGGACAUUGCCUUCAUUCCUUUUGUCGAAAGGUUCCAGAUCUACUUAUCAGAGGUGUUUAAUUAUGACCUCACAGCAGGCAGGCCUAAAGUGGCCGCAUGGAUUGAGGCGGCGGACAAGAUCGAUGCCUAUAAGCAGACAAAGAAAACUGAUCCAAAAGAAUUAGUGGAAAUUUAUAAGAGGAUAUUCUCACCCCAGAAGUGAAGAUGAAAUUGGCACCAUGUAUGUGAAAGAGAAUAAGGUCUGCUUGGAUCAGUGAUUACCAGCUAUUUGAGUUAAUUUGAAGAAUCUGAUGUGAUCGUGUUGAAUUUAGUAACAGUUGUACUAACUCAAGUGCGUUGCUCAUGAGUCAUGUAUAAUAUAAUUUAUAUCAAAAGAAUAAUAUACAAUUUGAUUAUAUACGGAUAAAA